AGCUGCAGCAGGGACGUACGGGGUUAAUCCGACCCAUAUGCUGCACCGGGAGGGAGGUUGGGUCCACCACGAAAGGGAAGGCUGAGGCAGGCUGGCUGGCAGGCACAACAGAAGGGAGAAGACAGCGGGACUCACCAUACACUCACUCACACACACUUUCAAUACCAACACCUGCACUUGUUCGCCCUAUUUCCACUCACACAAGUCUUUCUCGUCCACAAGCGUGACGUGGAGUCACAUCAUCACGCGGAAGGCUUCCUAAAGUUGGCCAAAAGGAUUUUAUUCCGUCAAUGUGGACCAAGUCGGCUCGCUUUUCUACUUAAUUGUUUGUUUUUGUUAGAGGUUUUUUUUUUUCUGCCAAGAAUAUAAAAAAGGAUUAUUUCCUCACGUGCUGUGAUUUUAUUUUAUUUUAUUGCUCCCUGGAAUGACGUCUGGGGGAAUGUGGCUGUGACAAACUUUUGGAUCGUGGAGAUCAAAGCGCAGGUGUGAAGAUUUGGACUGCGCUCUGCAUCUCGCCUUAUUGGAAAGCUGCGGGCCAAACUUCUGAUCAGAGACUUCAAAAUUUAGAUCUGUGUGGGCUACCUGUAUGCCUGUUACCAUGACAACAUCUGGAGCCCAACUCCUCCUGGUGGCCUUGUGUGUUUACAAAGGCCUGAGCCUGCAGCAGUCGGCGCCACGGGUUCGCCUCUCCUUCAAAGAACUGAUGGACACUCGGGCAGCGCGACCCUUCAGUUUCUCCUUCAACACCAGCGACUACCGAAUCCUCUUGAUGGACCAGGACCAGGGCCGCCUGUACCUGGGCAGCAGGGAGUACCUGGUGGCUUUGGAUAUGCACAAUGUCAACAAAGAGCCGCUCAUAAUUCACUGGCCAGCAUCUGCAAAGAGGAAAGGCGAAUGCCAGAUGACAGGAAAAGGAAGACAGGGCGAAUGCGCCAACUUUGUACGCUUGAUCGAGCCGUGGAACCGCACCCACCUCUACACCUGUGGAACGGGGGCUUACCAACCCAUUUGCACGUUCAUCAACAGAGGCUGGAGGGCAGAGGACUACCUGUUUCGACUGGUCCCCGGGUACGUGGACUCCGGGAAGGGAAAAUGUUCCUACGAUCCCAAAGAGGAGAACGUUGCAGUUCUUAUUCAUGGUAAUCUGUAUGCGGGUGUCCAUAUUGACUUCAUGAGCACAGAUGCGGCUCUUUUUAGGACCAUGGGAGGGAGAAGUGUCAUCCGGACGGAACAGUACGAUUCCAGAUGGCUCAACGAGCCCGUGUUUGUUCAGAUCCAGCAGAUCCCUGACAGCGCAGAGAGCAACGACGACAAGCUCUACUUCUUUUUCCGCGAGAAGAGCUUAGACUCGAGCGGAGGGGCGAGUCCCAACGUCUUGGCCAGGGUGGGCAGAGUGUGUUUGAAUGACGAAGGUGGCCAGAAAUCCCUAGUGAACCGCUGGACAACCUUCCUCAAAGCUCGUCUUAUCUGCUCGGUGAUCGGCGAUGAUGGAGUGGAGACGCGAUUUGAUGAACUACGCGAUGUAUUCAUUCAGCCGACGCAGGAUGAAAGGAACCCGAUGGUGUUCGCACUCUUCACUACCGCGGGCUCUGUGUUCAAGGGCUCUGCUGUCUGCGUCUACUCCAUGGCCGAUAUCCGCAACGUCUUCAACGGGCCUUUUGCCCAUAAGCACGGCCACAAUUACCAGUGGACGGAAUACAACGGCAAGAUUCCAUACCCACGACCGGGAACGUGCCCGGGCGGAACCUUCACCCCUGGGAUCCGCUCCUCCAAGAGCUUCUCUGAUGAGGCUGUCAAUUUCAUCCGGGCUCACCCACUCAUGUACCAGCCCGUCUAUCCCAUCCACCGCCGCCCCCUGGUGGUGAGGACCGGUGUGGACUACCGCUUCACGGCCCUGGUGGUGGAUCAGGUGGAUGCCGUGGACGGCCGCUACGAGGUGCUCUUUCUGGGCACCGAUCGUGGUACCAUCCAGAAGGUCAUCGUUUUGCCCAAAGACCCCACCAGCAUGGAGGAGCUAACGCUAGAGGAAGUGGAAGUUUUCCGGAGCAGAGCUCCUGUCAAAACGAUGAAGAUCUCUUCUAAGCGACAACAACUGUACGUGUCGUCGGACGCGGGUUUGACGCAGGUGUCGCUGCACCGCUGCGACGUCUACGGCAGGGCCUGCUCCGAUUGCUGUCUGGCCCGAGACCCUUACUGCGCCUGGGACGGGGAGAGCUGCUCGGCUUUUACUCCUUCCACCAAAAGGAGGAGCAGAAGACAGGAUGUCAAACACGGCGAUCCUCUGAGGCAGUGCCGAGGCUUUAACGCCAAAGUGGAGAAACGUCUGCGGGAAACGGUGCAGUUUGGUGUGAAAGGGAGCAGCACUUUUUUGGAGUGUCAGCCUCGCUCUCCUCAGGCAACCGUCAAGUGGCUUUUCCAGAGAGAUGGCAAAAGGAAAUUGCUGAACCGCGUGGGCAAUGUCCUGAAGACCAACCACGGCAUCCUUCUCAAGUCCCUCAAUGGAUCGGACGCGGGGCUUUAUCACUGCCUGGCCACCGAGAACAACUUCAAACACACGGUGGCCCGCGUGGCGCUGCGCAUCCUCGAUCGGGACAUCGUUUUGGCUCUCAGCGCCCGAGACGACGACGAGGACGACCCCGAGACUCUCGACCCGCGACCUUACCCUCGAUCGUCCCCCGCCUCCACACCUUUCCCACCUGAAAUCAGACUGAUCAACCAGUAUUGCCAGUCCUACUGGGAGCAGUCCAGUCUGAAACAGCAACAGCGCAAGCGCACCAACCGGCGGCACACGGAGGGCCAGGAGCAAGGACUUGGUUAG